UAACCCUUCCUUCCCUCGACACCCGCCGGACUGUUGAGUUUUGCCUCCGAUUGUUUUCCUCUCAGCCACCAACGCGCUAACAGGAGCUCCGACGAGAGGAUUUGAAUUCCAGUGUUGAUUCUUGUUACCACAGCAACGGCAUGGGGAAGCUCGGGAAGAAAGCAAGGAAGUUUGCAAAGAAAAAUCUUCAGACUGUGCUCAAAAGGAAGCGGAAACUCAAGUCUUUGUUCAAAAAGAAAGCUCCAUCAAGACAGGAUGAAGACAGUGUUGAAAACAAGAAGGACGACGCGUCGAAGCUCCGUAAUCGAAUGAAUGGUGAAGCUGAUGAAAACAACAAUGUUUCCCUUGAUGCCCUUUUCAGUGAAGAUGAAUAUCAUAUGCUUCAAGAUGAUUCUGACAGUGAUGGUUAUAUAUCUGAGGAAUCAAGCUCUUUUAACACGGCUGAAAAUGAAAUUGACAAUAAUUGUGAAGGCGGCACUGAUAUGAUUAGUCCCAAUGAUUUAUCGGAUCAGAACAAAGAAAUUCAUUCAGAACUCACAAAGAAAAUAAAGCAAUUGAAUAGGUUGAAAGAAAAGGAUCCAGAAUUCUUGAAGUUUCUGGAAAUCAAUAAUAAGGCUGUUGAACGUUUCAGAGAUGAAGACACUAGUUCUGAUGAGGAAACAAUCAACGAUGAUGGAUUAAAGGGAGAUGAACAGAGCGUUAGUUCUAAUAAAGGCUUGUUGUUGAGUUGCUCUGUUGUUGAUUCCUGGUGUCAUCAAGUUAAGAACAAGCUUGAUUUGUCUCUUUUUACCAGUCUAAUAAAUGGGUAUCGAGCUGCAUGUCACUAUGGAUCUGAAGCAGUAGGCAACAUAGAUGCUGGCAGAUGCUAUAAAAUUGGAAACAGUGAGACUUUCUCCAAGAUAUUAAUUUUCACGCUUUCUGAGGCUGACAAUUUCUUUAGGGAGCAUCUAGGACUUUUGACCAAGAGCUGUAAGAAGGAGAUGAUUUUAGAAUUGAGGAACACCCAAAAAUGGAAAAUGCUCAAGCCUUUAAUUAAGUCAUAUUUAAGGAGUAGCUUGUUUCUCUUGAAUGAGGUUUCAGAAAGUGAGAUAUUGAGAUUCUCCUUGGCUCGAAUAAGAGCGUCUGUAGUAUUCUUUGCAGCUUUCCCUUCUCUACAGUGCAGGCUCAUCAAGGUUGCAGUACAUUUGUGGGCAACUGGUGAAGGAACAAUAUCAUCCCUCUCAUUUCUCAUAAUACGAGAACUGAGUUCUGUGCUUGGGUCUAAUGUUUUUGACUCCUGUUGGAUUAAAAUGUACAAGGCCUUCAUUGCUAACUGCCAAUUUGCAGAGCCAAUUCUGCAUAAACAUAUGCAAUUUCUGAGAGACUCCUUUGUCGAAUUAUGCUCUCUUGAUGUCCAUAGAUCUACUACAAGGGCCAAGGCUUCAAUCCAGCAACUUACCAAGAUACUCCAUCAGGGUUUACGAACAAAGAAGAAAGAAGCAGUCAAGAUGAUGUGCAGUUGGCAAUAUAUCAAUUGCAUUGAUCUCUGGGUCAAGUUCAUUGCUGAAAAUUUCCAGGAUUAUGAUUUACAAACACUGCUCUAUAAUGUUAUUCAGAUUAUAAAUGGAGUGGCCGUAUUGUUUCCUGGUCCUAGAUAUUUGCCAUUAAGAAUUAAAUGCAUUCAGUGGUUGAAUUAUCUUUCCAGAUCCAGUGGGAUUUUUAUCCCUGUUGCGUCUAUGGUGUUGGAUAUUUUGGAACAUAUAAUUGGCAAGGAGGGCAAGAAUCCAGGAGAUGUCUUCAACCAUUUGUCUACCCUACAGCUGCCAAAAUAUUGGUUGAAGUCACAGAAGUUCGUGGAGGAAUGCGUUUUAUCUUCUAUUGAACUUCUUUCAGCUCAUUUUGCUCAAUGGAGUCUCAAUAUAUCCUUCCCUGAACUGGCUACUAUUCCACUUACUCAACUCAAGAAGUUUCAUGCAACAACUACAACAGAGAAUCUCAAGCGUUUGAUAAAACGUUUUAUUGAUCAGGUUGAGCAAAAUAUUGACUUCGUUCAAAAAAAGAGAGAUGAAGUCUCAUUUUCACCCAAAGAUCAGCAAGCUGCUGAAUCAUUUCUUCAGCUAGAGAAAUCCAACAGCAACGUUCCGUUUAUACAAUAUUACAAAAGCAUAUUGGACAAAGCUGCAUCCAGGCAUGUGGCUGUGGAUAAAAAGUUUCCUGGAGCCAAGAAGAACAAAAAGAAAAGACAGCAGCUUGAAAACAACCAAAUAGAAUUGACUACCAAUGGCAAAGUACAUCCAGAGAAGAGAAGAGCCAAGAAGAGGAAAACUUGAGAAGGAACAGGUUUUAUCAGUCCUUUCUUUCUCUUCAAAUAUUAAUACUGGGUUGGUAAAUUCAGAAGUUAAUUUAUCACAUAAAUUAAGAGCUAAUAAGUUAGAUACUAAGGACUUUUAGCACAAGAAGAAGGUUGCUAUUGAUGAAAUUAAUGCUGAGAAAAUAGUCAUGUAGAUUAGUUUAGGGCAUUGAAAUUCAUCGACUUUAGGGUAAUAUCAUUUGUUUGGGUAAUUGAAAGUGCAAAAUGUUUACAAGUUCUUUAUAUCAAAUUUUGCUUGUUGAGUACUCUAAAGGAAGGGAAAGUCUCCAUUUAGAUUUUUUUCCCCUCCUUUUGUUAAAAUUGUUAUUUCAACAGUGAAAUAUGUAUGUAUGUAUUUAUUUGGUUAUAUUACAAGCCAAUUGUUUAACUA